AUGCCUCACAUCAACAUGUUUGGGCGCGGUAAGCCGCUGCAAAUAGCGAUCAUGGUUACCUGUCAGCUUGCGUUCAUUCUGUUCGGCUAUGACCAAGGAGUAUUCUCCGGUAUUGUAGGAAACGCAGAUUGGCUCGAGACAUUCGGCCACCCUGGUAGUGGACUCGAGGGCAUCAUCGUGUCGAUCUACAAUCUUGGAGCUUUCAGCGGUUGUAUCUUGGCUUUUUUGGGUGGUGAGAAAGCAGGACGUCGUCUGUCCAUGUGGAUUGCCAUGGUCUUCAUCAUCAUCGGUGCUAUCCUGCAAACAACUUCCUACGGCGUACCACAAAUCCUGGUCGCUCGCUACAUCACUGGAAUCGGAACGGGUAUCGAAACUUCCACUGUCCCUAUGUAUCAGAGUGAGCUCGUCGAAGCACACAAGCGCGGUCGAGUCGUCAGCUCAGAACCACUUUUUGUUGGUGUCGGAAUCGUCAUCGCAUAUUUCUUCGAUUAUGGCAUCGCAUAUGUCGGUGGACCGAUCGCAUGGCGUCUUCCAAUUGCUUGUCAGAUCAUCUUCGCCAUCGUUGUCAUCAUCAUGGUCUUCGGUGUUCCAGAGUCACCUAGAUAUCUGUACAAAGAAGGUCGCAACGAGGAAGCCUUACAGGUGCUGUGCGAUGUCUACGAUGGAACACCAACCGACGAGAAGAUUGCCAGAGAGCAGAAAGACAUUCUCGAUGCACUAGCGAUGGAACGAAUGCAUGGUGAAUACAAGUGGAGCCAAAUCUUGAAGCGAGACGAAGUGCAGACUGGAAGACGUGUCCUCCUUGCUUAUGGAAUGCAGUUUAUGAACCAGAUUGGCGGCAUUAACUUGGUUGUAUACUUCGUCCCUACAGCCCUCGAGCGGAAUGUCGGUCUCUCACACAACUUGUCUCUCCUCAUAGGUGGAUUCGUGCAGACGAUGUUCUUCUUCGGGUCUUUGAUUCCGACAUUCCUUCUUGACAGAAUGGGUCGCAGACGUCCCAUGAUGUGGGGAUCUCUUGGUCUGGCCAUCUCCAUGAUGCUUAUUGCUGUCCUUCUGAGCUUCACAGAAGCCCGUGGAUAUUCUGAGAAACUAAACAAGGCUACCUCCAGUGCCAGUGUUGCCUUCUUCUUCACUUACAUGUUUAUCUUCGGAGCAUCUGCGAACUGCAUUCCCUGGGUGUACGUACCCGAGAUUCUGCCUCUCCACGCAAGAGCAAAAGGAACGGCGAUUGGAAUUUCUUCAAACUGGCUUUGGGUAAGCUCAAUCUCCGUUAUGAUUACACCGACUCUGAUCAACAAUCUCCAAUGGCAAGCAUACCUGAUUUUCAUGUGCACAAACUUGGCAUUCGUGCCACUCGUCUACUUCUGCUACCCCGAGACCUCCAAUCUUACUCUGGAAGAAGUCGACUACCUCUUUAUCAGUCUCAGUGGAGAUGUCGAGAGAGGAGCCAAGGAGAUGAUGCAUGAUGAGAAGAGAGGCAGCGAAGGCGAUGCCGCAUAUGUGGAGGACGUUGGGAAACCCAUCUCGCAUUCUGGCGUCACUUCAACCGGAGGCGCUGUUCCAGCAUCGGGAAGAUUGUAG